AUGGCGAGCUUUCACGUGGUGCGGGUCAGAGUGAGCUGGACGGCUCUUUUGGCUCUGGCCCAUUUCGUCUACCUGCUGGCUGGAGCCACCAUCUUCCGAAUACUGGAGCGAGAGGCCGAAAACUACAAUCGAAACCAUUUUCUGAUGGAGAAGCUGAAUUUCUUAGCAAAUUACACCUGCUUGGAUGGAGACGCCUUGGAGUACUUUGUUAAGGUGAUUUUAUAUGCAAAGAAAAAUGGAGUAAAUCCUUCAGGAAACUCCACAAACCCCACUAACUGGGACUUCAGCAGCUCCUUCUUUUUUGCAAGCACAGUCAUCACAACUAUCGGCUAUGGAAACCUCUCCCCGAGCACCGUGUCCGGCCAGGUGUUUUGUGUGUUUUAUGCUUUCUGUGGGAUUCCCCUGAACCUGGCCUUCUUCAAACAGCUGGGGAAGUGUUUCACUAUCCACCUGGGGAGACUGGAGAAGGGACUGGUCUCGGUUGUUCCUCACAAGCAAGCAUUUGAGGCUGUCGCGGCGAGUUUGUUCUUUAUCGCUGGCACGCUCCUGUUUCUGGUCAUCCCCCCUCUGCUGUUCAGUUACGUGGAAGGUUGGACAUAUGGCGAGGGCUUCUACUUUGCCUUCAUUACCCUCAGCACCAUUGGGUUUGGAGAUUAUGUGGUGGGUACCAACCCUGGAAAGACCUACAUCUUUCUGUACCGCAGUGUUGCAGGCGUUUGGAUCAUCUUCGGCCUCUCUUGGCUCGCUCUCAUCUUCAACAUGGCGGCCAGUAUAAUGGAGCAUGUGCUUGACCAGACUUACCCACGCUUCAGGAAACAAGAGGAGGCAGAGAACAUGCCAUCCAGUAAAACAGAAGCCACAUCAAAGAUCUGA